AUGAUGACUACUCUAGAAGCUGUCAAGAAGAAGCAAAAUUAUACUAGUGUGCAUCAGGCAGUGAAAGCUGGUGAUGUAGAACAGCUUGCAUCAAUGAUAAAAAGUGGAGCCAGUAUUAAUGAGGUGGAUUUAGUCCACAAAUUCACACCGUUGCACUGUGCUGCGCACUCUGGAAGUCUGGAGUGCCUUCACUGGUUGCUCUGGCAUGGAGCUGAUACAACACAUGUAACUGUCGGAGGCUGGACAGCAGCUCACCUGGCGGCUAUCCGAGGUCAGGAUGCUUGCAUGCAGGCUUUGUUAAUAAAUGGAGCAAAUGCAGAAGCUCAAGAUGAUCGUGGGUGCACGCCGUCACACUUAGCUGCAGCCCAUGGGCAGUCUUACACCUUGCAAACCAUACUGCGAAGUGGAGCGAAUGUAAAUGUUUCAGACAGGAAUGACUGGAAGCCUGUUCAUUAUGCUGCUUUUCAUGGUCGCUUGGGGUGUUUGCAGCUUCUUGUUAGAUGGGGAGCAUGUAUAGAUGAUGUGGACAACAAUGGAAACCUUCCAGCUCAUCUGGCAGCAGUGGAAGGACACUUGCAUUGCUUUAAGUUCUUGGUCAGUAAAAUGGCCAGUGUCAUGCACACACUGAAAGCCAGGAAUGACCAAGGAGAGACUCCAAGGGACUUGGCUGAACGGUUCUAUAAAGAUAAUAUUCUGCAAUAUAUUGAUGGUGUGGAAAAAGAGAGGGAGCAUCUGGAGACACAGGAAGUUUUAGCUUUCCCAGCUCAUGGCGCUGCUUUCAAAGGGGACUUGUUAGUGCUUAGAAGAUUAGUGAGAAGUGGAGUAAUCAAUAUUAAUGAGCGGGAUGAUAAGGGAUCCACUCUCAUGCACAAAGCUGCUGGACAGGGGCAUAUCCAUUGCUUACGGUGGUUGAUUGAAAUGGGAGCUGACUGUGACAUUACAAAUGAUGCUGGAGAGACGCCAAAGGAUGUAGCCAAGAGAUUUGCCCAACUGGCAGCUGUGGAACUUUUGACACAAAGAACUGGAGACAGUAACUCUGGUGAUGAAGAACUAGAUGCAAACAACAUAAAGUUUUUUGAAAGACAUGGUGUGGAAGGAAGUACAGAUAGCAAAGAAGAUUUAACCCUGGAUAAAGCAGAGAAAAGGAACGCACGCAUAAGGGCCUAUCGCAAGAUUCAGGAACUUCAGCAACUUCUAGAAAUUGCCUACAGCAACUACAGACAGCUGGGAGGAAUAACUGAAGAGGAGAAGAAGAUGAAAAAAGAAGAAAAGGAAGUUGAGAAGGCUGUGAGGGAGCUGGAGGCCCAGCUGGAAUAUGAGCGAGUCAGGCGGGAGAAGCUGGAGAGCCAACUGGAUGACUACCGUGCUGAGAUAAGCCGCCUUAGAGAGAGCCUGGAGAAAACCCGCAUCCCCCCUGCUCUCCCCCUGGAAGCUGAGACCACCUCCAAGUCUUGCAAAGAGAAAAAGAAAGUAAAGAAGAAACCAGCCUGCAGCCCUGGAGGAGUGUUUGUGAGACUACGCUGAGGAAUGAACCUCUGAUGAGGGGCAGGCAGACUGAGGAGGUAC